UUAUCAGGAUACUUUGGACAGUUCGGACGCGUUCUUCUGAGGGCCCUCCGGUCUGUAGAUACGGUCGCACUUCAGGACGGUCGCGGUCAGGUGGAUUAAGGUGGAAUUUCUUCUGCAGACAGCCUGCGCCCCUAAGUGGAGGCACAAGAAAGCCUCGUCACCCAGCUUCGACCAGGACGACGACAACGAGUGAUGAUGGGUGGCAGAGGGCAAUGAGUGUGCGAGAGUGUGGGCUUCAGUUGGCAGUGGUACGCUGUUACGUGUGAUGUGGUACUCUUACCGUCGUCGUGCCGAGUACAGGUGAAAGACGGUGGUUCAACUAACGGGGGUCCUACACUGCCGUGUGUAGGUUAUGGAUUUCUGACGUUGGGCACUGCCAGACAGGGUGACGACAAUUGACCUCGGUGGAAUGCUGUGGCGGCGGUGCAAGAAGUGAAACGACAUGAGAUGAUUGACAGAAUUGAGUGGUGAUUCGGAGGGAUUGAGUGGAAGUGAAUUAACGAUACCGAUUAACGGUUGACUUGCGGAUCGAGGGUUGUCGCUGGUAUUCUGGUGAUUUUUCGUAUUUUUCCUUCGAGUUCAACCGCGACGACGACGACGGGCACUGGCAGAAAAGCACCACGCCGGGGUCACCGAAUCGCACUAACAAGUGAGAAGCUAAUUGGGUUGGAAAAUGAAUGUGAAUGUUAAAUGAUCCGUAAGAUCUGUGGCAUAAUUUCACGGUUUGGAGAAUAGCCGCGAUUACUGCGGUUAUCGCUUAGAGGCAGAAGAAAGAAAAAAUCCUGAUCGAUUAAAUUAAUGAUUCAGAUUCGGUGCUCCGACCGUAUGAAGAGGCGUGAUUGAAUUGAGUGAAGUGAGUGAUGGUGUAAAGGCAGCAGAAUUUCAUGCCCGGGGAAAUCGAAGAAAGGGCAAAUCAUUAAAUUUGCAUCCUUCAGUGAGCUAGCCGGAUUGGUUCGUUGGCAUCAUCAAUCAUCCGGUUCUUCGAUUCAACCAACGUCAGUCAAGUAGCUGUGAAGAGAAGAAAAGAUCCCGCCCAUUUUGGUCCACUCUAGCGGUGGUGAGUCCCCCCAGCAUCCAGCCAAUCCUCAAAAGAGAUUCGAGAAUCAAUUUCCACGAUUUGUUUGAGUUUUGCUACGCGCGCGCGAGAGUAGUGUGGGAUAUUAUGGCGCCAGCACCAAACCGAAUAGCGACGUUUUGACUAGCGACACUUUUCGACUAGCGACACUUUUUUUCAGUACCGGGUGUAGUGCGCUGUGUGCGUUCAAUGAUGCACUAUCAUAUACGUCACUUCCGAUGUAAGUUGUAAACAACCCAAAAUUAACAAAAAUAUUUUUCUCAAAAAAAGUUUUUCGAUUUCCAAUCGAAUCCAUAAUACCUCUACAGUGCAGUGAGUGAGAAAACGGGCGAAAAAAAAGUUACCGAGUCACAACUCCAAAAGCCGGUGGUGAUGCCAAGUGAGUGAGGUGAUGAUCCCCCAAAAGUGUAUUUCAGCGUUCAAGGAUCCCCCGCGUCCAAAUCCUAAGUGAAAUCCCUCCCCCGCUUCGCCUCGCGCUGGGUCUGGGAAGUGGUGGGCUGGCUAUUGAUCUUGUGGGGCUCAAAGUGUGUGAUGCUGCUGGCGCUGUUGAUUGGAGCUUGUGGUGCCGUUCCGGGAAACUUUCAGCAAGUCAUCUCGGAUUGCUUAUUGUGGUGGUGGUGGUGAGAAACGACGUCUGGGCACAAAGUCGUUUUUUCCCCUGCGGUAAGCCGGAAGUGUAACAGAAGGAGUACGCAGAGGAAGACAGCGGGAGGAAGCAGAAAAGCGUCACAUCACCGCGCCGCAGGCAACGCAGCUCUCUACUCCGCAUCGGGACGAGAAUAACGAAUGAUAAAACCACCAGUUCCGUUUCCACAAAAUAACUCGUCCAAAUCGCCCAGCAAUCAUAGCGGACCCGAGCCAUUAGCAAUGAGAACGGGUUGCCCGUGCCGUCCUGGACAGCACCAACGCCACCGGCAGCAGAAUCAAAUUCGUCAACGAAAAACCCGUUCGUCACGGCCCAUUGGCAAAACGUGGACGUCGUACGCUCGUAAAGCUCGAUGAAAUCGCAAUCACCCCGGGCAACCGAAACGGUGGACGGCGGCGAGCGCGACAAAUGCUUUCGGAGAGCGAGAAUCACAAAAAUGUCCUACUUCACCAACAAUGACCAUUAAUCGCACCGGAAAUGAUGUUCUGCGACAUCUUGCUUUGCGUCGUCGUCCGGUAGAAUCUGCCACCGUUGCCGUUCAGCUGCAACACCAGAAACAACACCAACAACGGCACCAGGUCACACUCCUGCGAAGGAAGCAAAAACACGAACACCAGGUGUUGACGUGUUGCUCCCCGCCAUCCACCCAAGAGGUCGUUAGAACGACACUACGCUACCGCCAGAGUCUGUCGGCUUUGCGAGUCGGAUUUCUGUUUUUGCUGGCGCUAGUUUUCCCACGGUACGGCCUGGCGCUCGGUGCGAAAAAUGACAAGGAAAGUUUCGUUAAAACAACCGAUGUCGAAGCAAUCGAAGACCACCAAGCAAUACUGUACUGUCCACUUCUAGCGACGAAUCGCGAUAAAAUCAACAUGGUACUGUGGUUCCGAGACAACGUCGGCCUCCCGCUGUACAGCCUCGACGUCCGGGGGAAAUCACUGGACGACGCGCAGCACUGGUCGGCACCGCAAGUCUUCGGAUCCCGAGCACGUUACAUCAUCGAAAGCGAUCCAGCAUAUUUGGAAUUGAACGAAAUUAAACGUCAUGAUCAAGGCAUUUACCGGUGUCGGGUCGAUUUCCAAAACAGCCAAACCCAGAGCUUUCGCUUCAAUCUCACCGUCAUUAUUCCACCCGAGCCACCGGUAAUUCUGGAUCGAUGGGGACGCGUCAUAAAUAGUACAACAAUUGGACCAAAGGAGGAAGGAGAUGAUUUACUGCUCACGUGCCGAGUGGUUGGAGGACGACCACAGCCCGACGUGCUUUGGUUUAUCAACGAUAAUCUGGUAGAUAAUCAGAUCGAGCAAAACACCGGCAACGUCAUCGAGAACCGGCUGCUGUGGAACUCGGUCCAGCGGCACCAUCUGCACUCGGUGUUCACCUGCAAGGCGACCAACACCAAACUGGUGCCCCCGCUGACCAACCGGAUCGAGCUGGAUAUGUACCUAAAACCCCUCUCGGUGAAAAUCCUCAACUCGACCCAGUCGCUGGCCUCGAACAAGGACUACCGGAUCGUUUGUCAAUCGACCGGUUCCCGCCCGGACGCGAACAUCACGUGGACGAAAGGCAGCAAAAAGCUCAAACGGCACAAAAUGCACGUUCUUCGCAACAUGACCGUGUCGGUGCUGAUCCUGACCCCCACCGUGGAGGACGACGGCCGGAUGCUCGGCUGCCGGGCGGAGAAUCCACAAGUUCCCGGCCUGUUCCUGGAACAGUAUCAGAACAUUAGCGUACACUAUCCCCCGCAAGUGAGCUUGGAGCUAGGCUCAACGCUUUCCAUCGACGACAUCAAAGAGGGAGACGAUAUCUACUUUGAAUGCAAGAUACGAUCGAACCCGGCCUGGCGGCGGCUCGCCUGGUCACACAAUGGAGUGCAACUACCUCAGAACUCAUCGACGAUGAAAAUCGUACGCACGGGCCAAAGUCUGGUGAUACAGAAGGUGAGCCGCAGCUCGAGCGGAUCCUACCAGUGCGGAGCGCUCAACACCGAAGGCGAGACCGUGAGCAACGAGAUCAAACUCAGUAUCAAAUAUGCCCCCUUCUGCACCACCGACAAAAUCAUCAGCCUGGGCGUCUCGAUGGGCGAAACGGUGCUAGUUAGUUGUAAUAUAGUGGCACAUCCCAACGCAAGCCGGUUCUACUGGCGGUUCGAGAACUCCGAAGAAGUGAUCGAAAUCGACCCGGACCGGUUCUCCAACAAUGGCACCAGCAGUCAGCUGGAGUACACACCCGAAUCGGAUCGGGACUAUGGAACGCUGUCCUGCUGGGGAACGAACGAAAUCGGAACGAUGGCUGAGCCGUGUAUAUUCCAGUUGAUCACUGCAGGGUUGCCAACGUCGGUAAUCAAUUGCGAUUGGACGAAUAGCAGUUCCAAGGUGGACGUCUACUGCCACGCCGGGUACGAUGGUGGCUUGAGGCAGAAGUUCGUGCUGGAGAUGAUGUCCAAUCGGAAUCCGGGGUUUGUCAUCAACCUGACAAACCACGAGGAGCCAACCUUUUCCACGUCGUUCGUUUCCCUCAGGGAGCAACUGCCAAACGUCCACCAGCCGGACUCGCUGAAGCUGUUCGUCUACGCCGUAAAUCAGAAGGGCCGCAGUCCGGGAGUGUUCAUCACUGACCUGUUCAUUCCGGCCGUCGAGGAGCAGGAGCAAACCGAUGGCAAAAAAUCGACGCUGCUUACGCCGAUCCUGAUCGGACUGCUGCUGACCAUCGUGCUCAUCAUAGUCGUUAUAGUUGUAAGAAUUUAUCUGAAAUCGAAAAGACUUAAGCAAACUAUUGAUAAGGAAAAACGUUACACGGAGGAGUCCAAAAACACGCUGCUGUUGAUGGAUCAACCCAAGAAGGACAAAUCUCAAAAGGCUUCCAAAUGGAAAAGUAGCAUGGGUAAUAGUAUAAAAACUAGAAAUAAGAUCGAAACCAUUGACGACGAACAAGAUCCCGACCUAAUACCCUACCCCCGUCUGACCGACAUCCACCAGGAAGAGCUGAUCCCAAUGAACUCGGACAUUUCCUUCAAGCCGAAAACGGUUCGGCUGCCCCCGCCGGUAUCGAUGACGGCCACGUCCUCCUCGACGGCAACGACCACCAUCGUGAGCUUCAAGGACGAAGACAUCUCCGAGGCGGAAAUCAACCUGAAAGGAAUUGAGGACUUCCUGAUGACGAACCACGUUCCGGAGAGCUGUGUGUGAUAUCGAAGGACUCUCAUCUAGGAGCCGCCCGUCGCGUCAUACCCGCCCCCUCCAAAAACAAACGAAGCAAUCCCUUACUCACGCCGUGGCACAAUUACUUACGAAUCGCAAUCCAUCAACCCAUGGGAAAUAGGACAAAUCCUGAACAAAUCGAACCAAAUGAUCAUUUUUCUACCCCCGAAAGUGUCCGCAACCUGUUUUGUGUUUAGCCAGUAAGUUUUGAAUGUGCUUAAGUGCUGUGGACGUUACAAAUAAGAAACCAAAAUUGAUCCGCGGGUUGAUCGUGGACUCUUUCCCCUUCGCCAACGGAAACGCAUACGCGAAUAUCAAGAGAUGUGUAAAUAGUGGAACAGUAAAAAAAAAUGAAAAUGGAAACAAUAAUUUAACGAAACGCAAAACAAAACGAGACGUUAGUGGAAUGCGUGGGCUAGAAAUAUGUUUAAGACGACGAAGAAGAAAAAAAAACGAAGCUAGGAAAUUUAAUUAGAUAAUGAUUAUAAAUAAAUCUGUACUCAAUAUGGCAGUGUACCUAAAAGAUAUAUUAUUGAAAAUUAUUGCUAUUGACAGUAUUAUUGAAUGAAAACAAAGAUUGUUUGUACAAUAAAGAGAGUUUUAUACAAAAACCUUUCCAACGA